GCAGAUCGCUCGCCACAUCCUCGGGCAAGCCUGCUCUAGUCUCUCUAGUCUCUAGCCUCUAGAAUGCAUGCUGUCUGUCUGCUGUAGCACGCUACCUACUAUGCAGCUACGGCGCCAGGAGCAGAUUACCACAUCACGAGCGGCAGCGGCGACGGCAGCGUGCUCUACCGUGCUGAAUCCGAAGCAAACCAUGAUCUAGGCCUUACAGUUAGUUCGUACAUGCUGUUCUCGCUUCUCUAGCAUUACCGUUAGUGUGAUCUGGUGCGUAUCGCCUUCCUCUCAACUCCUAGCGUUUCCUCCAGCUCGCAGCGCGUCGCACGGUAGCGGUGGAGCCAUGCACGACCGCGUGGGCGCCGCAUUGAGCGCGUGUCGCCCGCCGUGCCCACCGCCUUGCAGCCUGCUGCCGCAGCGCCGCCGAUCGCGGCAACCACUGGGAAACUCGCGACCGCUCGGGCACUCUCUUCCCGUGGGGAGCUCGCGCCAGCCGCGAGCAAAAGCAUCGCGACGCGAAGGUCCCUCGGCGCAGCAUGGGAAUUUAGAACGAAAGAAUGCCAAAGCGGCGUCCUUACGCGGUCUGUCCGAGCGCAAUGCGAGUAGAUUAAGAUUAAGUACAGGUGGUCAAAUAAACGGGGUUCAUUACCGCUCGCCCUUUAGUCCCUCGCUGCCCCAACCAUCGGUAUCUCCGCGGCUCGAUGCCACGUGUCGAGCCAGGGCGAGUCCGGUCCUGGAAGCGACUGCCGCAACGGAGGGCGGAUCGAGCGAGAGACGAACCGACGCGGGGCCUGGGGGAGACCAAGCGGCGCAGGCCUCGCGAGGGGGCGGAUGGGCAGCGGGGAGAGCGGAGGGGGAGGCGGUAGCGGAAGGGGAGGUAGAGGAAGUGGCGGUAAUGAAGGAGGAGUUAAGCGAGGGCGAGUUGAGCGAGGAGGAGUGGGAGGAGGAGGACAGCUUCCUCUCGCACUGGUCGUGGGCGGGGUGGGUGCGCGACCUGGUGGAGCUGCGCUUUCUCGAAGACGACACGGCUGUCAGGCAGCCAAUGCCGCCGCUGCCGCCCACGUAUGACGCGUGCGCGCGUGCGAGCGCGGGGGGCAUUCUGGCGGCGGACGCAGAGUACGUGCGCGCGACGGGGGACGUGGCGCGGUGGUGGCUGGCGAGCUGGCGGGUGCCACUGCAGUACGAGUACGACCCCGAUGACGUGGCGCACUACUUCGACCGCCGCCCGCACAUCGUGCUGCUGCGCACGCUCAAGAUCUCGGUGUUCCUGGUGCUGACGUGGGUGCAGGUGCUGCACGACACCAGCACCAUCCGCGCAAGGGAGGCGGGCGGCGUGCGCGUGGACGACGAGAGCAUCGCUGCCAUCCGGCAGCACAGCGCGCUCAAGCUCAAGCGCACGCUGCUCAGACUCGGGCCCACCUUCAUUAAAGUGGCGCAGUCGCUGUCAGCGCGGCCGGACGUGGUGGGCCCUGACACCGCCAAGGUGCUGGCGGAGCUGCAGGACCGGCUGCCUGCGUUCCCCUCGGAGGACGCCAUGGCCGUCAUCGAGAGGGAGCUCGGCCGCCCCGCCGCCGCGCUCUUCCCGCUGCUCUCCCCCGUGCCAGUCGCCGCUGCCUCGUUCGGGCAGGUGUACAAGGGGCGCACGCGGGAUGGCAUGCGCGUGGCAGUGAAGGUGCAGCGGCCGCGGGUGCUCUUCCUCGUCGCCAGGGACCUGCACAUCCUCAGAAUGCUGCUGCGUGCUAUCAGGCGGGUGGCGGGCAUCGCCACGGACCUGGCGCUGCUGGCGGAUGAGUUCGGGAGGGGGCUGUACGGCGAGCUGGACUACCGCCAGGAGGCCGCCAAUGCCAUGGAGUUUGCUCGCGUGCAUGCGCAUGUGCCCGGCAUCACAGUGCCGUCCAUCCGCCUCGACCUGUCGUCUCGCCGCGUGCUGACCAUGCAGUGGGUGGACGGCGAGCGCACCAGCGACCUGCUGGCACAGGCGCAGGGCGUGCUGGGGGCGGGCGCCAGCGAGGAAGACAGGCAGAGGGCCAAGCAGAAGCUCCUCCGAAUGGUGGGCAUCGGCGUGGAGUCGUCGCUGGAGCAGCUGCUGGUCACGGGCGUGCUGCACGCCGACCCGCACCCCGGCAACCUGUUGCUCACGCCUCAGGGGAAAGUCGCCUACCUGGACUUCGGGCUGCUGUGCCGCAUGGAGCGGCAGCACCAGCAGGCCAUGCUGGCGGCCGUGGCGCAUCUGGUGAACGGCGAGUGGAGCAUGCUGGCCGCCGACCUCGCUGCCAUGGACGUGCUCAAACCCACCACCGACAGGCGCGCCCUCACCAUGGCGUUGGAGGAGGCCUUUGGUCGCGGCAGGCAGAGAGGAGCGGGCUCAGGCGUGCCCAACCUGCAGUUUGGACAGGUUACCAGUGAGCUGUGGCGCAUGGCUCUGCGCUUCCGCUUCCGCCUGCCGCCCUACUACACCCUCGUGCUGCGCUCCCUCGCCUCGCUGGAGGGCAUUGGUGUGGCGGUGGACCCGUCCUUCCGUGUCUUUGCCUCCGCCUACCCCUAUGUCGUGCGCCGCCUGCUCACUGACAGCUCGCCCUCGUCCAGACAAGUGCUGCGCCAGCUGAUGCACACGCGUGAGGGCAAGCUGCGGUGGGAGCGCUUCGCCUCCUUUGCUGCUAGCUCCAACCAGGCGCAGCGCGACCUGGUGGCGUCACUGGGCAUGCCAUCCAUGCAGCCGCCCCCCGCCUACCCCAUCCCUGGCAUGCCCGCUGCCUCGCCUGCCUCCUCCUCCUCCUCUACGCCCCGUGGCACCACGAGCCCCGCGUCGUUGGUGAUGGACCUGCUGCUCUCCAAGGACGCUGCCAGCGCCAGGCGGGUCAUCCUCGAGUCGGACAUGCGGGCGCUAGCGGAGGCCUUUGUGUCCCCCGAGGCGGCCAUGGCACGGGACAAGCUGGCGCGCGUGGUGGCGGACUCCCUGUGCGCGUCCCUGGGCGUGGCGCAGCUGCCGCUGGACGCCAUCACCGCCUCGCAGCUCUCCUCGCGGCCCACGCGCCUCCUCGCACCCUCCCCACCCCCUCCCCCCACUGGGAGCCUUGUGGGAGCAGCGUCUGCUAGUCUAUCCAGCGGUGGGGGUGGGAACGAGAGUGGCAGUGAGAGCGAGGGCGAGUGGGAGGAGGGGGAGGGGCGGGCGACAGCAGCGGAGUCAGCAGCGAGGAGGAAGCGGUUAUGGCUGCUGCUGGGGACGGCGUUUGGGCGGAUGGGGGGCAGUGUGGCGCUGAAGGUGCGUGUGGUGUUUGCAGCGCUGUGCGUGCUGGCUGCAGCACUGGGCCUGGCGCUGAAGCGCGUGCUGGUGGACGCCGCAACGCGCUUCAGGCGCCUCAGCAGCCACUGGCUGCCGCCUCAAGAGGACUGCGGUCCGGGGGCGGACCACCCCGCUUAUGCCACAUAGACUGGGCCACUGGUGGGCCGGUGGCACAAGGCUAGGCUGGGUUGCAGGCAGCGUGUUGGUAUGGGAUGGGAUAGUAGUACAUUCUAGCGCUUGGUACUUGCCACAUCGCCACUGUGGCUUGUUCAGUCUUAGCUGGCCACGAGCAUGCCAGUGCCUCUGAUGCAGCAGCUUGUAAUUGUUGCUGUUUGUUGGGCUGAGAAAAAGCCCUUAGGAUCUUUUGCAGAGACUAAGUCCCAGCUUGUAGAGACUUGAGACUUGGAGUAGUGCAGCGGAAGUUGAGGCAGUUGAACCCUUGUACUAAAAAAGCCCUUAGGAUCUUUUGCAGAGACUAAGUCCCAGCUUGUAGAGACUUGAGACUUGGAGUAGUGCAGCGGAAGUUGAGGCAGUUGAACCCUUGUACUAGUAUGUGAGAACAAGUGA